AUCCACCUCCGGAUGCUGCAGACGAUCUUCAGCCAUGUGACGGGGAGCAAGGAGCCGAGGGCGAGGAUAGGACGGCACUGGGAGGAUAUUGGGUUCCAAGGAACUGACCCAGCGACGGACCUGCGCGACCUGGGGAUGCUGAGCAUGCUGCUCCUACUGUACGCCUCGAGCAAUCACCUCCAAAAGGUCAAGCAGGUCUUCCUGUUCGCGUCGGAGUCCGCAUCUGUCUCCGACGCGGCUGACCAUGGCUUCCCCUUCAGCCUGCUCGCCAUCAGCCUGUCGAGGAUCUGCCUGGAGGUGCUGAGGACGGGCGGCCUGACUGACGCGAUGAAUCGCGAGCAGAGCGUGUUCGACGUGCUCAACACGUUCUUCAUGGGCCUCCUUCUCGAGUUCUUCUCCCACUGGCGUAAGAACGGG